GAGGCGGCUGCAGCCGCCCGCAUAGGCCGUGCCUCUGCCCUUCUCGGCCGCCGUAGUUGAGUAACAAACGGUUCCUCAGCAACGAGCAAAAACAACCGGAACCCUCGGCACCAGCUCUGGGAGAACCAAGAGGUACAGGAGGCAGUUCCUUCCGAGGAGAUGUCGGUUCCGUUCUCCAACACCCACUACCGGAUCCCACAAGGAUUUGGGAAUCUUCUCGAAGGGCUGACGUGUGAGAUUCUGAGGGAGCAACCGGACAAUAUACCAUCUUUUGCAGCAGCGUAUUUUGAGAAUCUUCUAGAGAAAAGAGAGAAAACCAACUUUGAUCCAGCAGAAUGGGGGUCUAAGGUAGAUGACCGCUUCUACAACAACCAUGCAUUCAAGGAGCAAGAACCACCUGAGAAAGAAAAGUCUCAGACACCUGUGAAAGAGGAGACACCAGUCACAGCCUUAGAAUCUUCUGAAGAAGAUAAGGAAAAAGAGGAGCAAGCUGCUGUCAAAAUCCAAGCCAUCUUCCGGGGACACUUAGCCAGAGAGGAGGUGAAGAAAAUGAAACAAGAUGAUCUUGAAGGGAAAACAAAGGAAAACAACUGAGGAGACUGGUUUUGCCCCUCCCCCCCAGAAAACAUGAAAACAUAAUUCAGAUCCAUCAAACAUGUUGUGAUUGUCGUUUUUACUCUUCGUACGGGAGAUUUGAUGUAGUGAAAUAACAUUUGUUGCUGCUGUGAAAAUCUGUCAUGAGCAUUUGUUUAAUAAACAUGCCAUUGAACACAUGCUUCUUGAAGAUUUCUCUGAGAUCAUA